GCAUAAAUCCUUCCAGUUGCAUGUGCAUGCUGUCCUUGCGGAUGCGAGGAUUACUCACUCCUUGAGGGAACUUGGAUGGGGUCCAAAGGAAGAUGUAACUUUCAAUAUCCACAUCACCUCCUCGCCUGUUCAAUUUGAAGCAACUAGCAAGGAUAAAGUUGGUCCAAGUGAUCAAGAGAACCCGCAACAGCUUAUUCGUCUAGCAAGCCGAUACAGUGAUGUCCUGAGGAUGGUUGGCGAUCCCCUGGUACAAGUUUUUCUGCCACCAGCAGCGACUCCAAAGUUGGAUCGACAUAUAGAGAUUUCUCAAGGGAGGUGCCACAUGGAGAGACAUCUCAAGGAAUCACUAGAUUCAUUCAUGGGAUUGUAUGCUGAAUCCCUGCACUUCCAUGACGUCUCCACACGUGCUAUUACUCCUCAAGGUCAUAAUCCUAAUCUGUGGAAAUACCUUAGGUGGUGCUGCGUGGAGAGGUGCCCCAAGUUGAAUACCUGCUUCCCUUUGCGUUCGCAUGAGUAUAUGGCAGGCUUGGCAGGCUGGUGGAUGACCAAUUGGUUAAGUAAAAUAGACCCUAAAGGCUUCAGUAAUCUGCAGCACCUACACUUGUGCUUUUGCCCCAGCCUCCAGUUCGUGCUCCCCAUGCGGUUUUGGUCCUUGCCCAGCUUGGAAACCCUCUACAUCAUCCACUGCGGCGGUGAUCUCAACCACGUCUUCAUGCAGGACGAAAUGGUCCAAACAGGAAUAGGCAGAAAUCGCCCCCGCAUUUUGCCAUGCCCGAAGCUGACCACCAUCCACCUGCACGACCUCCCAAAGCUGCAGAAGAUAUGCGAGGUCAGCUUGUUGGCACCAGCGCUCCAGACCAUCAAGAUCAAGGGGUGUUGGAGCUUACGCCGGUUGCCAUCUGUGAGGGGCAGAAGCCCAGGCGAGAAGAAGCCGACCAUCGAGAUCGAGAAGGACGUGUGGGACGCCCUGGAGUGGGACGCCGACCACCUCCCCGACCAAUUUGAGACGCCGGUCCACUCGCGCUACUACAAGGAGAAGCUGCCCAGGGUCUCCGUCCUCAGGUGAAAACUCUGCACCGCCGUGUUCCUUGCAGCGCUAGACGGCUUGAUUUUCUUGUGUGCUUGCUGGGAUUGCUAUUGUGUGGCCUUGUUGCCAACAAUGCCUUGUGUGUGAGCUUAUGGUGGCUCUCACCUUAUAUUAUGUUGUGGCUUGCAAAUAAGAAGCAGAGUGUGUGUGUGGCUUUGAUGAGUGGUAGCUUGCUAUGAGUUUGAAACUUUCUUAUGUGUGCCUGCAUGCAUGUGAGUUUGAAACUGUCAUAUUUGAGAGUGUUUGCUAUGUACUACUAUCUGAACUAAGAAACAGCUCGGCUGCUCAUGUUUGCUUGGUUGG